AUGGUACCUUCUACAUACCGAAAGAACAUGCAAUAUUCAAGCCUCGACUAUUUGAACUUUCCCAAAAACGAAGGCGGAACAAUACAACUCAAUGAUGGGAGAGUGAUGGGAUACAAGGAAUAUCAAUUUUAUCAUCAAUUUACGAAAAAACCAAAAAGACAACUUCGGCCUGUAUUGUUGAUUCCCGGAUUGCCAGGGUCACGGUUUUUCUGCCAUCCGAAUGUGAUCGAUAGUCUGAUCCCGGAUGGAGAUGCCUAUAAUGAUCCUUCAAACUCGGUUUCCGAUCCUGCCAUUUCUUCUCAUAAUCGCGCAAGAGUCACACUAAUAGUUUUAGAACGUCCAGGAAUCGGACUGUCUACAUUUGCAAAGCGAACAAUGCUUGACUUUGCAGAGGAUGUUCGAGAGCUGUGUAUUGAAAAGGGGAUCACAGAAUUCGAUCUGAUAAGUUACUCGGCUGGCGGGCCGUUCGGGUUGGCUGUUGGAAAAGUAUUGGGUAAGAAGGAUGGAAGUGUACGAUUGAGAAGUUUGGCUGUUAUAAGCUCUGUUGCGCCUUACCAUACUCCUGGGUGCACUUCGAGAAUGCCUUUAAAAUUUAAAAUUGCUUGGUGGCUGACGCGACACUCCCCUCGCAUUUUAUCAAUAUUUGUAAAGCUUGAAGCUCGAAACUCCCUCAGAGAUCCUGCCUCUUCUUUCCGUGAAUCACUCAUGGAAGGACCAUCCUCAGACGUAGAUAUAUGUGCUGCGAUGCCGGGAAUAGAAAGUAUGUUUAUAGAGUCAGCACUCGAGAUGUAUACACGUGGGCAAUCGAACACUGAAUGCUAUGAGCUGAGUUUGUGGGGAAAGUCGUGGGGAUUUGAACUGAACGAAUUGAAAGGAGAGACGGUGGUAGGAAAAGACCAGGACGGUGGAGAGAUGGAAGCCAAAAAAGACGCUAGCGAUAAUAAAACUCUUAGGAUAAAAGUAUGGCAAGGAGCGCUGGACAUUGGAACUACGGUGGACAUGGCCGAAUAUAUUGCUCAAGAAACAGGAGCCGAAUUGAGAGUGGUCGAGGGAAAAGGACAUAUGCUAUACUUUGAAAUAUGGGAUGAUGUUUUCGAAUGGUUCGUAACAAUGGAGUAA